AUUUAGUUCAAUCAGCAUGUUGCUGUUUCUGUUUCUCGUGUUUCUUUUACUUCUAGUUAUUUCAGUCUAUUUGUUUCUCACUACAAGUGCAAAUCCUUUCGCUGUUGAUGUCAGAAAACCCCCUCAACCUUUGGUAGUGGACAGAGCUGCCAGGAACAAAAUCCUUAAGCAAGGUUUUUCCACAGGCAAAGUGCCCGAUCAUCUUGAUGCCAUUGUGAUUGGCAGUGGAAUUGGAGGACUGACAGUGGCUGCAGUUCUGGCCAAAGCAGGCAAGCGUGUUAUAGUGUUGGAGCAACAUGACCAGGCUGGAGGCUGUUGUCAUACCUUCAGUGAAAAAGGAUUUGAGUUUGAUGUUGGUAUUCAUUACGUAGGGCAAAUGCACGAAUGUGGGCUCCUGAGAGUAAUUAUGGACCAAAUCACUGAAGGACAACUGGAAUGGAUUCAAAUGGACAAUCAAUAUGAUACUAUCAUCCUGGGUAAAAAUGAGAACGUUCGUAAGUACGAGCUCCACAGAGGGAAACAAGAGUUUAUUGAUGCGUUAAAGAGGCAGUUUCCUCAGGAGGAACAAGCGAUAGACCAAUUUAUGAAACUUGUGAAGCAAGUUUCAAAACAAGUACCUCUGAUGGCUGUACUCAAGAUGAUCCCCUUUCCCAUAGCCAAAUUUCUCGUCAGGACAGGCAUUGUUCAUUGGAUUUCUACGAUAUUUAAGGUUGCAAGCACUAGCCUUACAAAAGUGGUUAGUGAACUAACAGAUAACCAGGAUCUCCGAGCAGUCUUUUGUUACAUGUUUACUGGUGUUGCUCCCAAAGACACCAGCUUUGUAAUGAAUGCAUUACUGGUACAUCACUAUAGACGUGGAGCAUGGUAUCCAAUAGGCGGGGCCAGCGAGAUCGCCUUCCAUAUUAUCCCGGUCAUACAGAGGUCAGGUGGUGCUGUUCUAGUGCGUGCUCCUGUUCAACGGAUAUUGAUAAACAAGGAUGGGAAAGCCAUUGGAGUAGCUGUAACAAAAGGACAGGAAGAAGAAUGUAUAUAUGCCACUUCAGUGAUCUCUGAUGCUGGAAUAUUCAACACUUAUGAACACCUUUUACCAAAAGAAAUUCAAGCAAAACCUGCCAUUCAAUCCCAGCUUGACAUGGUCCAGCAUAGCAUGGGAUCAUUCCUUGUCUUUGUUGGUCUCAGAGGCGCAACAGAAGACUUAGGACUGAAGGCAACCAACUAUUGGAUUUAUCUACACAACAAUCUGGAUGAGCUAAUGAACUACACCGUUUCUGCAACCAGAGAGGAAUUUACAGAAACAAUUCCAAUGUUAUUUGUUACCUUCCCAUCAGCCAAAGAUUUCACCUGGAAAGAACGCUAUCCAGGAAAUUCCUGUAUGACCAUUCUGACCAUGGCCCGUUAUGAGUGGUUCGAGGAAUGGAAGGACACAAAAGUAAAGAACAGAGGAGUAGAUUAUGAGAAUUUGAAGAUGGCUAUUGCCAGACAGCUAAUAAACUGGGCGUCCGAUAUAUUCCCUCAGCUCAAAGAUAAGGUUGAGUACGUUGAAGUUGCCACCCCGCUCACUAACCAAUACUACCUUGCUGCUCCUCGUGGAGAGAUGUAUGGCACAGACCAGAAUCUCACCCGGUUCACCCCUGAAGUCAUUGCCACCGUCAGAGCAAAAACUCCCGUGAAGAACCUCUAUCUAACAGAUGCUGCCAGACCUGAUCAGUUUUUCCAAUUUUGAUUCUGAUUUCCAGCAUCUGCAGUUCUUUGGGGGUUUUUUUCCCUUCCAUAUAGUUGACCAUAUUAUAUCCAAGGUUAUUCACUGUCCUGGAUUGUAGUUCAAGGAUAAUCAGGAUCCAUAUAGUGAACAGUUCCAUUUUUAGAACUAUUUCCUGCAACAGGGAAUCUCGAGGAAACCAUAGCUCAGUCAGCCAUUGUUAACAUAACCUGUGAGCAUGCUCAGUAAGAAACCACCUUGGGAAAAAGUCAACAGUUAAUAUUAGUAUGAUUUAUUAUGUGAUUGAUUUAGUGCUGACUUAAUCAAACCAUAAUCACACUUAAUUUCUAAUCAGGCAAGUAGCAUUUUAAAUGAUUCAGUAUAUAUUUAAUAUCAGUUCUCUUAAAAUCAAAACCAAAGCAUAAAUGAAAUGAGAAUACAUAAAUUACAAAAUAAAGCUAGUGAUUGCAGGCUACAAGCCUACAAAGCUGUCAUUUUGUUUAAUGAUACUCAGAAAAUAAUUCUGUUCUGAGGCUGUCCCUUGGAGCAUUACGAUUUUUUUUGCAUUGUAAUCUUGGGUAAACUUUGAUUUAAAAUAAUCCAUUUAUUUUUAAAGUGUUGGGGUGAGUGUGUUAGGUAGCAAUGAAAAAUAGUGUCUCCCUCCCUCAGGGAGAAACCUCACUGGAUCACCCAAUCACCAAUCAGCUCACUGUGAGCUGAUAGGUGAGCAAGGCUAAGUACUUCACUCGAUUACAGGCCUCACCACUGACUGUCAUCCAAUCAGAAGCCUCUGGGUUCUGGGUACUAAAGUCUACAAAGAUUUUCUUUUCAUACGAUGUAUUUCUAUUCAUUCAUGUGCCGCUGAGCAAGCAAAAGUUUUCACAACUUGUCGACUAAAAUCCUGUAAUUAGUGUUUUCAUCAUAUUGUUAAAAAAUGUAGCUAGAACACAUCUUAUUUUAUGUUUGAAUUCGUGUAUCGCUGGACAUCGGAGUGCAUCUGGGAAAAUUAACAAACAGUGAAAUUC